AUGGAGAUAGACAUUACUUCGUUAAAUAGGACUCGUGGUGGAAUCAAGGCGCAAAUAACCAGACUAUUAACGUCAAUAAAGGAUCGGCAGUUUGAGGAUGUUGAAAUAGAAGAAAUUGAAGUCAAGUUGGAAAAAGUGCGUAAAUUAAAUCAACAGUUUGAACUUUUAAGACAAUACUACUACAAAGUUGUGAAAAGAGAUGAAGAUUUAGUGGAAAUUGAAAAUAGCUUCGAGGAUAUCGACUCGGAUCUCCUAAAAUUGGAGGUAAGCUUGAAAAAACUUUUUAAUAAUUGCAUGCAGGAAAAUGGGAAUGCAAAAAUUAAUAAAUCUAAUGAUGUUAAUAUCAAGCUGCCAGAAAUCCCAUUACCAAAAUUUUCGGGUAAUUUUGAAGAAUGGAACAUUUUUAAAGCUCAAUUUGAUUCGUUAAUUUCUUCUAACAAACAACUUUCAGAGUCGCAAAAGCUUUAUUAUUUACAAUCAUGCUUAGUUGGAAGUGCGGCUCGGAUGAUAUCGAAUGACGAUACAUUUCAUUCCUUAUUGAAAGCUUUGGAAGACAGAUUUGAUAAUAAAAGACUUAUUGUUAAUACUCACAUUAAUGAAAUAUUUUCGAUUGAAAAGUUGCACAAUGAAAGUGCCAAAGAUUUAAGAUCAUUAGUUGAUCAUUUACAUAAAUAUUUAAGAGCUCUAAAAUUAUUGGAUUUAGAUUUGGAUAAACUAAGUGAAGCUAUGUUGAUUAAUAUUAUUAUGCAGAAAUUGGAUAAAGAAUCGCGUAAACAAUUUGAAAUGACUUUGACGUCAAAUGAGCUAACUGAUUGGGAAACCUUCAUAACAUUUAUUAAAAAAAAAUGUCAAAUUUUAGAAAAUUUGCAAAGUAAUAUUGUUCAACCACCAAAAUCGAAAUUUAUUUCCCAAAGUUCUAAACCUCGUACUUUGGUAACAAAGGUAAAUGACACUUCAUCAAAGUGUCCUGUUUGUCGUCUACCAGCAAAUCAUCCUAUCUAUAAAUGCAAAAGUGUUCUUGAUUUAAAUGCUGUGGAACGUUUUAAUAUGGUUAAAAAAACUCUCUCUGUACAUCGCAAACCUUCGAUCGGAGGAGAAAAUGUUACUCAUUCCGAAGCAAUUCCAUCGGAGCCGAGGGCUGAUUUAUCUCCCACAGAUGUGACCUUGGCCGAUUCACAGCAUACUUCCUCUGCCUGCUUAGUCGUAAAAAAUAAAAGCGUUCUACUUCCAACUGCAAUAGUACUUAUUCAGAAUAUUUAUGACCACUUCUCGAGGGCUAGAGUAAUACUAGAUAGUGCUUCUCAGGCAAAUUUUGUAACAAAGCAGUUUGCUGACAAUGCGAAUUUGCGAAAACAAAAAAUAAAUACCUCGGUUUCUGGAUUGGGAGGAAUUUCUACUUCGAUUGAAUAUGAGGCUGUUGCAAAUAUAGCCAAUUGUAAUGGAUCUUUCUUUUUAUCACAAACCUUUUUUGUAAUAGAUAAAAUUACGGAUAUGGUUCCGGCAACAAAUGUUAAUUUAGAGAAUUUAGAAAUUCCACAGGUUAUGCUUGGUGAUCCGGAAUUUACACGGAGUUCCAAAAUCGAUGCCCUUUUGGGUGCUGAAACCUUCUUUGAAAUUGUUAAGGGUGAACAAAUACGUUCAUCUCUAAAUUCAUUAAUAUUUCAAAAUACUGUAUUUGGUUAUGUCGCUGGUGGCUAUGUAAAUACAAAUAAUCAGGAGCCAUGUACUAAUUUAUGUACUUUAGUUUCCCGAAAUGAAAAUAUUGAAAAAGUAAUCGAAAAAUUCUGGUUAGUGGAAAAUAUUAGUGAAGAAAAUACUAUUCUUAGUAGUGAAGAAGAGUUUUGCGAGGCUCAUUUUAAAGAAACCCACACCAGAAAUAAGGAUGGUCGAUUCGUAGUUAAAAUGCCGAUGAAAGAAGGUUUGUUGGGUGAUUCUAAAGCCUUAGCCAACGUUAGACUUAACCAAACAGUUAAGCGAUUGCAUAAGAAUCCCAUGAUGCAAAAUUUAUAUAAGGAAUUUAUUGCAGAAUACAAAAGUUUGGGUCAUAUGGAAAAAGUGAAUAAUGACCUUUGUGAAGGAUAUUAUUUGCCGCAUCAUGGAGUUUACAAACCUAAAAACUCAACCAUAAAAUUAAGGGUUGUAUUUAAUGCCAGUGCCCCUAGUACAUCGGGACAAAGUCUAAAUGAUUUGCUUCUUGCCGGUGCAGUGAAAGAAAAUAUUUUUGAAAUAAUGACUAGAUUUAGGACUUAUAAAUACGCAUUUACGGCAGAUAUUAAAAAGAUGCACCUUCAAAUAUUAAUUGAUGAAUCGCAAAGAAAUCUCCUAAAAAUAUUAUGGAAAGAUGAUAUGAAUGAGUUUCCAACUACUUAUCGCCUUAACACUGUCACUUACGGCACAAAAUCGGCUCCAUUUUUGGCCAUUCGUUGUUUGAAGCAACUCGCUUUGGAUGAAGCGAAAAAAUUUCCGUUAGCUUCGCAAGUUACACUAACAGACGUGUAUAUGGACGAUUUCGUCUCGGGUGCUGCUACUUUAGAAGCAGCCCAGGAAUUACAAAGGCAGUUGAUACAAAUGCUGCAAACUUGUGGCAUGGAGCUUCAUAAAUGGACUUCAAAUUCCUCUGAACUCAUAAAUAAUAGCUCUGAGGAUACUAACCAACAAUAUUUUCUUGUUGAUCGACAUUCUUCAGUAAAGGCUUUGGGUCUGAAUUGGCAACCAAAAGAAGAUUAUUUUCUCUUUAAGGUAGACUUAAAGAUCAAGCCUUUCUACACUAAAAGAGACGUGUUAUCUGUUAUCGCUCGUUUGUAUGAUCCAUUAGGUCUCGUUGGUCCUGUUAUCACAAAGGCCAAAAUUUUCAUGCAAAAAUUAUGGAUCCAACAAUUGAACUGGGAAGAUACUCUCCCUCAGUCAAUUCAGCCAGAAUGGUCGAAUUUUGUGACAUCUUUGAAAGUAAUUGAAAAUCUCAAAGUUCCUAGACAUAUCUUGACAGAAUCUUAUGAAAGAACUGUUAUAGUAGGUUAUGCUGAUGCUUCUGAAGCUGCUUUCGGAGCGGUAGUUUACAUGAAAUCUAUUAUGGAAGAUGGCACAGCUGUCAAUAAACUUAUUGCCAGUAAAUCAAGAGUCGCUCCCAUUAAAGUAAUUUCGAUCCCUCGUUUGGAGUUGUCAGCGUGUCUCCUUCUGUCGCAGUUGAUAGAAAGAAUUCGUCCUUCUCUUCAGAUGCUAAUCAGUGAAACAAUCUGUUACACCGAUUCAACAAUUGCACUUGCCUGGAUAAAGACACCUCCAUAUAAACUAAAAACUUUUGUCGCUACUCGAGUAUCAACGAUACAAACUCUAACAGAAAACUUCCAGUGGAAACUUAUUUCUUCACAACUGAAUCCUGCUGAUGCAAUAUCUAGAGGUUUGAACCCUCAUGAACUAUUAACCAACGACUUAUGGUGGUGUGGUCCUGACUAUUUACCGGACUCUAAAAAUUAUUCUAAUGUUGAACUUGAUGAGUCUGCAAUUUCAGAUGAACAAUAUCUGACUGAACUUAAAUCACAGUCAAACAUUAGUUUAUCGUCUAAUAAAACAAAAAUUACCGGUCCAAUCACAAAUAGUGAAUUGGAAAAAGCAAAAAGGAAAUUAAUGGAGAUUAUUCAGGUAAGUGAAUUUUAUAAAGAGAUAAAGGCCCUAAAAAACGGAGUAACUUUGAAGAAGGGUCCUAUAAGUCAUUUAAAUGCUUUUUUAGAUGCAGACAAUUUGUUAAGAGUAGGUGGUAGAUUGGUUCAUGCAGAUGUAAGUUAUAACUAUAAACAUCAGAUAAUACUGCCUAAAAAGCACAAAAUUACCACUCUAAUUUUCCAGUAUUAUCACUUAAGGAACUUUCACGCAGGACCUCAAUCAUUAUUACAUUUUGUUCGGCAAGAAUUUUGGCCCAUUGGAGGCAAAAAUAUCGCAAGAAAGGUUGUGCGCAACUAUAUAACUUGUUUCAGGUGCAAACCUACUCCCUUAAACCAAUUAAUGGGGAAUUUACCUCCAGAGCGAGUAAAUCCCAACCCUGUAUUUUCUAACACAGGUGUAGACUUUUGCGGUCCAUUUUUCAUAAGGUACAAACAUCAAAGAAAGGGUAAUCUACAUAAGGUGUAUGUAGCUAUUUUCGUUUGCCUAGUUACUAAGGCUAUACAUCUUGAAAUAGUUUUUGACUUGACAUCACAAGCAUUUAUUGCUUGCUUGAAAAGAUUCUUCUCACGUCGAGGGAAAUGCUCAACUUUAUUUAGUGAUAAUAGUAAAACCUUUAUAGGAGCCAACAAAGAAUUGAAAAAACUCGCUUCACUUGUUAAUUUUCCAGAUGAAAAUUUAUCAAGGUUUUUGGCAAUGGAAAAUAUCUCCUGGAAAUUUCUUCCCCCUCGGGCCCCUAAUUUCGGAGGACUCUGGGAGUCUGGAGUUAAGUCCUUCAAGCAUCAUCUAAAAAGAACUGUUGCUGAUGCAAAAUUAUUUUAUGAGGACUUUUUAACUGUUAUUACUCAAAUAGAAGGCAUCCUAAACUCAAGACCUAUCUCACCUUUAUCUUCCGAUGCUUCGGAUUUAGAACCAUUAACUCCAGGCCAUUUUUUAAUAGGCAGGCCCAUAAAUUCUAUCCCAGAGCCUUCAGUAAUAAAUGAACUAGACAGUAAAUUAACCCGUUGGCAAAGACUGACAAAAAUAGUAGAACAAAUCUGGAAACGCUGGUCGAUUGACUAUCUAAAUCAUUUGCAAGACCGGAAAAAAUGGCGAUUUUCAAACAAUAAUAUUAAGGAAAAUGAUAUGGUUAUACUAAAGGAGGAUAACCUUCCACCUUUUAAAUGGUGUCUUGGAAGAAUAAGCCAAGUUAUUCCCGGACAGGACGGCAAAAUUCGUGUUGUAAUUGUCAAAACUAAAAAUGGUCAUUUUAAAAGACCCAUAUCUAAAAUUUGCCUCCUACCCAUUCAGACUUGA